GUAGGUUUGUAUCAGCGUGCGAUUUAUUAAGGGAAUGAUCCUCCGGUACGGAUCACACACACCGAAAAGCGGUGCUUUCCGUCUGUUUGUCCGGAUGAUAACUUCAUGCACGAGAAACGAUGGUGUUUGCUGCAAUCAUUAGCGAAGAAGGCGGUGAAGUGAGAAGCAUCCGUGAGCAAACAAAAAACCCCCCCAAACCCCCACCUACUUAUAUUCUCGUUUCCCUUUUUUGGGGUAAAAAACCCUCCCUGCUUGGAUGUGUGUUUGUUACCCAGCAUACAAAGCAUUCCAUUUGUUAACUCGUGCAAUGAUGCCUACUAGAUCAGAACCGUACGGCAGAUGAUGAUGUUGAUAGAUACAGUAUGUAAGACAUGUCUGUCGGCUUUGGUACAAAACAAGACCGAUUGUUCCCGCUUAUCAGAAAGUGGUUACAAUGGUAGGGAUACUGUUCCGUUUCUCGCUUUAUCAGCAAUGUAAAAUUUUCCAGCUGUAGCUUAAGCGCUAAUUUACAACCCAUGCCAAACUAACAAGAAAGGUAGUCAAAUGUGUAAUGUAAUUGGACAUAAUUCGCUUUGGGUGUUGCCAUUUUUAUCUUUCAAAUUGAAUAAAUUGUAGAUAAAUAGCUGCUUAGUGCUUCAGUUAAUAGUAAGUAAACGAGGAAGAUGUUUACAGUCGUCAGAUAAGUUUACUAAAAAGGGGUAUUUCAAACUUAGUAUAUUGUGUAAUAAUUAUUUGUUUGUUUAUUUAAUAUUUAAAGGAUAUAAGAAUUCCAUCUCAGAAUGUUGUUGGGUUACCAAAAAUAAACAAAUAACAUGUUUAACCAUAUAGUUUACCAUAGGUCCGGAACGUACUAAUGCAUUUGGUAAAGAAGUAAAGAAAAGUUAGCAUCAAACAGUAAAUAACACCUUUAAAACAUUCCACUCAAUUCAUAAUAAUAAUGUAGAUUGAGAAGUGAAGCAAAUGCAUUUCUUAUGCUGCAUCGAAUGCACUUUUAUUAUGCAUAAACAAAAAAGUUCUCUUCAUGUCCCACCCUCACUGUCAUAUCUCUUUUUGGUAUCUGUUGUUGGUUUGCUGUUUUACACUCCCACCUUACUCUGUUCUUAUCGAGCAAAAAAAAAAAGAAAAGAAUUUAUUCACUACAAACAUGUGCUUCCGAUGAGAUAUGCUCUGUUUUGUCUGCAUCUUGCUUCAUCCUUUAAAACAUCACGCAUUACUAUUGGUUUGCGCGCUCUAUCACACGCGCACAACCCUAUCACAGCCGAUUCGGAUUGAUCCCUUCCUGGUCUUCCCCCUUUGCAUCCUCAUCCACUGUUGGUAGCGAUCUAAUUCUCAUCUCUCGAUUGCAGCGGUCAAGAUGUAUGCUGUUGCUGUUGGCUCUCAGUUCGCUUCUUCUCUCUAUCAUUGAAUCAUGAUCAUGCGCAAUUGCCGGUUUGGGAUUGAUUUUUGUGUGACCGUCCGCGAAACCACUAGAGCAUUUCGUCCCCGUAUCGGGUGUGUGCGUGUGGUGCAAUUUCUAGUACCAUCGCGCUUGUACAUUGCCAACCCAGCAAACCCAGUCGCUGGCCGGAACACACAACUGCACUAUCAGCAUCAACGAUUUGUCCCGUGGCUAGAGGACCGGUAAAGGUUCUUCCUCAUCGUCCGGAUCGGAACGUAUCACCACCUCGCUGACGACUCCGGGUGUGCCGGUGUACGAGGCGGACGAGGACGGCAUGAUCGACAUUACGCCCGGUAAUGGUGGCCUAACCAACCCGAACUACCCAUACUCAUAUGCAGCGAAUGGUGGCCGACAGGAUGGUGUCGGUGCACCGAGCAGCAGUGGCAACAACGGUGGUGCAGGAACGGGGGCUACUUCAGCUGCUGGCACUGCUGCUGUUGGUGCUGCUACUUCCGCCGGUAAUGGUGGAGACGGUGGUGGCAUAUCGUCACCCACGCAUACACGCUUCGGACGCGAUUUUCAUCACUCCGAUCAUGAAGAUACAUUAACCGUUUCGUUUUCCGGUAAAAUUGAAGGUAUCUCAUUUGCCGGUAUGACGGACACAAGCGACGACAUUCCCGGUAUCGGGCAGUACGAUGAUUUCCACACAAUUGACUGGCAGCGUGAUAUUGCGCGCGAUCGUAUGCGUCAUCGAUACAUCGUCAAAAAGCGGCAGGACUCGUUCUGGGAUCUUCUAAAGGGCGCACAUGAUGCCUGGUCCGGAUGGGUGUGCGUACUGUUGGUCGGUUUGUUUACCGGUUGCGUAGCCGGUGUGAUCGAUAUCGGUGCGAGCUGGAUGACGGACCUAAAGUUCGGCAUCUGUCCACAAGCGUUCUGGCUAAACCGGGAGCAGUGCUGCUGGUCGUCGAACGAAACCUCCUUCGACAGUGGCAACUGUUCGCAGUGGUACGCAUGGUCUGAGAUUUUUACCUCCUCCCGGGAAGGGUUCGGUGCGUACGUGAUAUCGUACUUCUUCUACAUCAUGUGGGCGAUGCUGUUUGCGCUGCUGGCCGCAUCGCUUGUACGCAUGUUCGCACCGUACGCGUGUGGUUCCGGUAUACCGGAGAUCAAAACAAUACUGUCCGGGUUCAUCAUCCGCAGCUAUCUGGGCAAGUGGACGCUGAUAAUCAAAUCGGUGGGCAUUAUGCUGUCGGUGUCGGCGGGCCUGAGCCUUGGUAAGGAGGGCCCGAUGGUGCAUAUUGCAAGCUGCAUCGGCAACAUACUGUCCUAUCUCUUCCCGAAGUAUGGCCGUAAUGAGGCGAAAAAGAGGGAAAUCCUAUCGGCCGCUGCAGCUGCUGGUGUGUCGGUGGCUUUCGGGGCACCGAUCGGUGGUGUGCUGUUUAGCUUGGAGGAGGUGUCAUACUAUUUCCCGCUGAAGACACUCUGGCGAUCGUUCUUCUGUGCAUUGAUUGCGGCGUUCAUUCUGCGAUCGAUUAAUCCAUUCGGUAACGAGCAUUCGGUACUGUUCUACGUGGAAUACAACAAACCGUGGAUUUUCUUCGAGCUUGUACCGUUCAUCGGAUUGGGUAUUAUAGGGGGCUUCAUUGCAACCUUUUUCAUCAAGGCAAACCUUUGGUGGUGUCGGUUCCGCAAGUACAGCAAGCUUGGCCAAUACCCCGUAACUGAGGUGUUGAUCGUAACGUUCAUUACCGCGGUUAUUGCGUAUCCCAAUCCCUACACGCGAAUGAACACGAGCGAGUUAAUCUAUCUCCUCUUCAGCCAGUGCGGUAUCUCCAAUCAAGAUCCACUGUGCGACUACAAUCGGAACUUUACCGAUGUCAAUUCGGCCAUAGAAAUAGCGGCUGCCGGUCCCAACGUUCAUAAAGCCGUCUGGUUGCUCAUACUAGCGCUGGCAAUGAAGUUAGUCAUGACGAUCUUCACGUUCGGCAUGAAGGUACCGUGCGGGUUGUUCAUUCCUUCGCUGGCGCUGGGUGCGAUCACUGGUCGUGUGGUUGGAAUUGGAAUGGAACAGCUGGCGUACAACUAUCCAAAAAUAUGGAUCUUCUCCGGUGAGUGUUCGACUGGUGACAAUUGCAUUACGCCUGGGCUGUACGCGAUGGUCGGUGCUGCUGCCGUGCUCGGAGGGGUCACAAGAAUGACUGUGUCCCUUGUGGUUAUUAUGUUUGAGCUAACCGGUGGUGUCCGAUAUAUCGUCCCGCUGAUGGCGGCGGCCAUGGCAUCGAAGUGGGUUGGUGAUGCGCUAGGCAGACAGGGCAUCUACGAUGCACACAUAGCGCUUAAUGGGUAUCCGUUCUUGGACAGCAAGGAUGAAUUCCAGCACACAACACUGGCGGCGGAUGUGAUGCAGCCAAAACGCAAUGAAACACUAGCGGUGAUCACUCAGGACUCGAUGACGGUAGACGACAUUGAGACCUUACUCAAAGAGACUGAACACAACGGCUAUCCGGUGGUUGUGUCUAAGGAGAAUCAAUAUUUAGUUGGCUUUGUGCUGCGAAGGGAUCUUAACCUAGCAUUGGCCAACGCACGGCGCAUCAUUGAUGGUAUCACUGGCCAAUCGUUGGUGAUAUUCACCUCGGCCCAACCGGUCCAAAACCUCGGACCGUCGCCAUUGAAGCUGAAGAAAAUUCUCGAUAUGGCCCCGAUCACCGUUACGGAUCAGACACCGAUGGAAACGGUCGUCGAUAUGUUCCGCAAGCUGGGCCUGAGGCAAACAUUGGUCACCCACAAUGGGCGACUACUCGGUGUAAUAACCAAAAAAGAUGUCCUGAGGCACGUGAAACAGAUGGACAAUGAAGACCCGAAUACUGUUUUGUUUAACUAAGCGCUUAGCUAUUUAUAAUGAUAGAUAUUAUGCUGGCCUCCCUUCUGUCUUUCCCCUUCCCUUCGCAGCGUAUCAUCCCUGUUCAACUCUGUACUGUUGGGUUCGAUGUAGGUAAAUAUUAUUUGAAAGUUAGGUUUCCGCUGUGUUUACAUUCUGCCCCGCGCCUAGAGAGGUGAUAAAGAAAAAAGACAAAAUUAUUUAACAAUUCGGAAACCAAUAGUAUUACCGUGCAAUAUUAUUAUUACUUUUUUUUGGGAUAUACAAUUGAGAGAAUCAUUUUUUUUGCAAGACAGCAAUAGUCAAUUGAAAAUAGCGAUGAGGGUAUUAAAAUUUCUUGUGGAGCUUAUUCGAUUCGUUGAAUCAUUUUUUUGGAUAUUUAUUCUUUGGAUUUUUCGAUUCUGAGUAGAGUUGUACACUGAACCGUGUGCCACUAUAUACAAGAUUAUCCAGAUAGAAGUAAUUAAAGUCACCAGAUAGCUAGCCACUAGACAGAACAGGCCAAUAUCGAACACGGUUAUAGAACAAAUUAACAUGAUGAAAUAAUUGCAUACGAACGAUUAUGUUUAUACGCGAAGCUGUUAUUAAUAUUUGUAUUAUCUCGCGCUUUAAUUUUGUGAUUACCGCGUUGGAAGUUGCGGAAAGUAGAGCUAACCAGUAUGAAGUUUAAACACAGUGUCCCAUCCAACCCGGUAGAUAGUUGGGUUGAGGAAAUAUCAUAGACUUCGAGAAAUUUGUGUCACGGUUAUCAUGGUGCAAGAAAUCACGUAAUUGACUCUAUAUUAUCUCGUCCAGGACUUAUGAAAUAUAGGUAUCAUAUUAUUUUUUACACAAUGUGCAAUCUAACCGACGGCAGUGGGAAAUGCAACAUAAGUGCUAAUAGUGCUGGAAAGAAAAAAAAAUACAAACAGACACACAUACACAACACAAAUAGGCAAAUUACAUUACUCGAUCGUAAUUAACGUUAUGGACGUGGUAGGAAUUUCGAUCGUCAUCGACGUUACGGACGCAGUAGCGAACAAACGGAUAGCGAAUGGAAAGGGAAAGAGUUUAAGAAAGUGGAAGCAACAUUAUAAUAAAAUUGUAUAUUUAUGUAAUAAAACAAUUUUCUUGUAAAA